AGUCGAAGCGGAGUUAGCCGACGCACGAGCGGCGAUACUGGAAGCGAUUCGGACAAGGAAUUAUACAUCAGGCAAGGAGGAAACCUUCGUCCCCAGAGGCUCCGUUUAUAGAAAUCCAUACGCUUUCCAUCAGAGUCACAUAGAGAUGAUAAAGAGGUUCAAAAUAUGGGUUUACAAAGAAGGAGAAAUGCCCUUAGUCCACAUGGGGCCAAUGAAACACAUAUAUGCAAUCGAGGGGCAAUUCAUAUCCGAAAUCGAGAGUGAAAAAAGCUCGUUCUUCGCUCGUCAUCCCAACGAGGCCCAUGCGUUCUUCUUGCCGGUUAGCGUAGCCUAUAUUGUGAAAUACGUCUAUAUGCCGAUCACCACUUACGACCGUGAGCGUCUGGUGAGGAUCUUCACCGAUUACAUCAAAGUUGUUGCCAACAAGUACCCCUUUUGGAAUCGAUCCCAUGGUGCUGAUCAUUUCAUGCUCUCUUGUCAUGAUUGGGCCCCGGAAGUUUCUGUGCCGGACCCUGGACUUUACAAUAAUUUAAUAAGGGUGCUAUGUAAUGCCAAUAGCUCUGAAGGAUUUCAUCUCAAGAGAGACGUAUCAUUGCCGGAGUUAAACUUACCUCCUCGUGGGUUCAGUCGUCACCAGCGGUUCGGCCUACCACCCAACAACCGAACCAUCCUAGCCUUCUUUGCGGGCGGUGGCCACGGAGACAUUCGUAAAAGCUUGCUUUACCAUUGGAAGGACAAAGAUGAUGAAGUCCAAGUCCACGGUUACCUUUCUAAAGGCCAAGAUUACAAUAAAUUAAUGGGGAAGAGCAAGUUUUGCUUGUGUCCGAGUGGGUUUGAAGUGGCUAGUCCUAGAUUGGUGGAGUCGUUUUAUGCAGCAUGUGUUCCGGUGAUCAUAUCGGAUAGUUAUGUGCUGCCGUUUAGCGAUGUGCUUGACUGGAGAAAAUUCUCGGUCGAGAUUCCGGUGGAGAGGGUGUCGGAGAUUAAGAGGAUUCUAAAAGGGAUACCGGAAAAGAAAUAUCGGAGAAUGCAGAAGAGGGUGCUGAAAGUGAGAAGGCAUUUUGAGCUAAAUAGGCCGGCUAAACCGUUUGAUCUCCUUCAUAUGGUGCUUCAUUCAAUAUGGCUUAGAAGGCUUAACAUUAGACAAGAAGAUUGACUACUCUUAUCAGCAUU